GAACUCGUCACACAAGAAGCAGAAGUAAGUGAGUUCCUAAUCAACAGCUCUUCAGGAAAUCCGUACAACAGUUUCUAUUUAAUGCUCUUGCUGGCAUGCAUGAAAGUUUGCUAACACCAACACUGAGAGCAGUUCCAAAGCAUUAAGUUGAAGGAUUCUCUCACACUGGAAAGAUGGUAUCUCAUGGUGACAUGAUCUGCCCAUGGCCACAAGUACAAGGCAACAUAUUCAGGUUUUUGGUGUUAGUCGGAGUGACCUAUGAAUUUCUGAUGUUAGAAGGAGUGCAUGGCUGGAUAUACCAUUAUUCCAAUGUAACCAUGAAAUGGGAUGUGGCGAGGAAAUACUGUAAAAAGCAUUACACUGACAUGGUGGCGAUACAGAAUAUGGAGGAAAACAAGUAUCUUAAUGAAUACUUGCCAAAAGCAAGCACCCAUGUAUGGAUUGGUUUGAGGAAGAUACGAAAUACCUGGACCUGGAUUGGAACAAAUCGGGCAUUGGAAGAUUUUGCUAAAAACUGGGCUCCUGGUGAACCCAACAAUGGAAAGAACACUGAAGACUGUGUGGAGAUGUAUAUAAAGAGAAUUUCACAUGCAGGACAGUGGAAUGAUGAACCCUGCCGUAAAAAAAAAAGACCACUGUGUUAUCAAGCUUCAUGCCAUCCUGAUUCUUGCAGUGGCCAUGGAGAAUGUGUGGAAACUAUUGGUGAUUAUAAGUGUAGGUGCAAUGAAGGAUUCUAUGGAGACAAUUGUGAAAAUGUUAUUAAGUGCCGUGCACUGGUACCACCUGAUCGAAGCCUUAUGAACUGUUCCCAUCCUUAUGGAAAUUUCAAUUACGACUCAGUGUGCGACUUUAGCUGUGUGGAAGGAUAUGAAAUACAUAAAACAAAGAGGCUUCAAUGUACAGCUUCAGCAGAUUGGACUGCACUUCUUCCAGAGUGCAAAGUCAAGAAAUGCAUAUGGUUGGAGGUUCCGCGUAAGGAUGUUAUGACCUGCUCCCAUCCACUUGGACAUUUCAGUUAUAACUCAACCUGCAUGUUUGGCUGUAGAGAAGGGUAUGCACUGCAUGGACCAGACAAAGUCCAGUGUCUUGCUUCUGGUCAAUGGACAGAGAGGACUCCCACCUGCAAAGUCCAGGUAUGUGAAACCUUGACAGUGCCUGACCAUGGCAACAUGAGUUGCUUGCACCCUAUAGCGGACUUCCAUUACAACUCAACGUGUGACAUUAGCUGUAACAAAGGAUUUGCAUUAAGUGGACUGAAUAGGAUCCAGUGUAAAGUUUCUGGUCAAUGGACACCAGAAAAACCAACAUGUGAAGCUGUGAAAUGCGGUGAACUGAAGAUUCCUUACAGCCUCCUCAUGAACUGUUCUGACCCCUUUAGGCCUUUUAGUUACAGCUCAAGAUGUAAUUUUGUCUGCAGGGCUGGGUUUGUCUUACAGGGAUCAGACAGCCUCCAGUGUGAAGCUUCUGGGCACUGGACGUCAAAGAUACCCAUUUGCAAAGCUGUUCAAUGUAAUUUACUGAAGAUUCCGAAACGAGGUAUCAUGAACUGCAGAAGCCCCUUUGGAGACUUCAGUUACAACUCAAAUUGUGUCUUCAGCUGCAUUGAGGGGUUUGUACUUCAGGGAUUAGGCAGCCUUCAGUGUCAAGCCUCAGGACAAUGGACAGCACAGGUCCCCAGCUGUGAAGCUGCAAAAUGCACAAGGCUGGAGAAUCCUGUGAAAGGGAUUAUGAACUGCUCCCAUCCCUUUGGACCUUUCAGUUACAAUGCAACAUGUGACUUCAGCUGUGAAGAGGGCUUUAUAUUAAAUGGAUCAGACAGUGUUCAAUGUGGAGCAUCUGGACAAUGGACAAAACAGAUACCCUCCUGUGAAGCUGUAAACUGUCAGGCACUGACACAGCUUGAACAAGGGGCAAUAAACUGCUCCCACCCCAUUGAAGAGUUCAGUUACAACUCAAUUUGUGAUUUUAGCUGCGAGGAAGGAUUUGUACUGCAUGGGUCAGAAAGGAUUCAGUGUCAAGCCAAUAAACAGUGGACAGCACUGACCCCUAACUGUAAAGCUGUAACCUGUCAGACAUUGUCACAGCCUGAACGAGGGGCAAUGAGCUGCUCCGAUCCUAUUGGAGACUUCAGUUACACCUCAACCUGUGAUUUUAACUGUGAUGCAGGGUUUGUAUUGAAUGGGUCAGGCAGACUUCAGUGUCAAACCAAUGGAGAGUGGACAGCACAUACUCCCAGCUGUAAAGUUGUAAACUGUCAGGCACUGACACAGCUUGAACAAGGGGCAAUAAACUGCUCCCACCCCAUUGAAGAGUUCAGUUACAACUCAGUUUGUGACUUUAGCUGCGAGGAAGGAUUUGUACUGCAUGGGUCAGAAAGGACUCAGUGUCAAGCCAAUAAACAGUGGACAGCACUGACCCCUAACUGUAAAGCUGUAAGAUGCAACAUACUGAAAAGUUUGAACCAUGGCAUCAUGAACUGCUCACAACCUGGUGGAGAAUUUAGUUACGGCACAGCGUGUGACCUUAGCUGUGUGAAGGGCUUCAUUUUGAAUGGAACAGACAAGCUUGAAUGUACAGCUUCAGGGAAGUGGACACGUGAGUUGCCAGGUUGUGAAGUGGUGAAAUGUGAGGAACUGAAAAUUUAUCACCCAGAGGUCAUGAACUGCUCACAUCAUUUUGGGAACUUCAGCUACGGCUCAAUAUGUGACUUUGACUGUGUCGAGGGCUUUAAGUUGGAAGGAUCUGUGAGACUACAGUGCAAUGAAUCUGGACAAUGGACAGAUAAGAUUCCAUCUUGUAACGUGCUUGGCCAGCCCCCUGUGGUGAGUCCUCUGAUUUACAUGGGUGGAAUUGCAGCGGCUGCAGCACUUGCUCUUUUCAUUGGUAUGACUGUGACCUUGCUUAGAAGGAAACUGAAAACAAAAGAAUAUGAUACAACACGGCUGAACUCUGACAGUACCGAAGGCACAGAAGGUACAUUUGAGAACCCAGCUUAUACUCCUACAGGAUCCUCAUGAAUAGGACAAGUGAUAAAGCGGAAGGGGUUUUCCUGUUUAAGAUCCUAACAAGUGCAGCAUGUGGGAAGUGCACUGUAUCUGCAGAAGGAUCAAAUAAUUUUCCUAAUCUGGGCACACUGUUGACACUUCUGAUCAUCGACUUUGGGGUCUUCUAGUUGCCCCAAGGUCCAGAGAUCAUCCCGGGGAAGGACGUUAACUUUAAAAAUAUUUCUUGAUGGUUCCUCUUUGAUCUUUGGGAAGCUCCUGGAAUCCUCUACACUCUUCAUCCCACAGGGAUCUUGGCACAAACCCUAUCACCAGCUUUCUUCAGGAUUCCUUCUGCUAAGAUGCCUAAUAUUUGCAGGAUUAAAUGUAGGAGGCUGUGAAUGCUCCCUCCCAACUCAUUUUUAUGUUUACACGAGUACUGCAUAAAAGCCUAUGAACAAUGCAAUGGGGGCAGAUAACCUGAUGUAUUGGGUUUCUGCCCAUUUCCCUCCAAGUGUCUGGGAAUUCAGUGUUCUCCAAGCAAAAUGAGGAAGAAAAUCCACCCUACUGGACCAAAUAUAAAGUAUUGUGUUCUUUUUCCAGAAAAAUCAUUCUACACACUGUCACUGGAGUGUCAUACCUGUGAAAGUUUGAUUCUAAUUUCUACUAAUCUUUGCUUCAUGCAAUUGCUUUUUAAAUAAAUUAUAACAUUACUGGA